CCGCACGCGAGGGAGAUGAAUGCCAUGCUCCUCUGAUAGAGGCAUCACGUCGUCGCCGACAUCAUCGACACGCACCGGACCUCCCGUCGCAGCCCCCCGUCGCAUCGGGGGACCGUCGUCGUUGUCGUCGUCGUCGUCGUCGAUCGAACCGAGAAAGGCUGACGACCUAGGGAACACGGCGCUCGUCCUAAGUACAGUUGCUAUACCUAUACACACAACUCUACGUAUAGUAAUGUCUGUCCCUCCUUCAUCCUCCAACAAUAUAUCUGACAAUAACAAGCUAGGAGGUGCCAGUCCUAGUCCGAUUGAGGGUAUCGAGGGAGUUCCCGGGCCAAGUUCCUUGGAUCCUAUGCAUUCAGUGUUGCCGCAAGAUGAGGAAUCUGAGGAUUAUGGAGAGGACGAGGAGGAGGGUGAUGAGGAAAGUAGCGAAGGAGAGAGCGAAAUUAGCGAUAGUGGAUUGUUCUGCGAUACUGAGUGUACAGCAGAAAUCGAGAGCAACAAUUGCCAGUCGCCUGUGUCACAAUCCCAAGCGAUUCUUUCUGAACAAGUUCAGAGUCCAGUAUCGCAUAAUUGUGUGCCAUCGGAUGCUGUCCAACCUCAGAGGAAGCGAAAAAGUGAAACAGAGUGCUAUCUACCUUGUAAAAAGCUUAAUCCAGAAGAAAAAUCUCAUACAAUGACUGCAAGAAAGCUAGAUGACAAAGGUAAACACGUGCGAUGUGUUAUUCCUACUAAGGACAAUCCUCCUCCAGAAAUGAGUAGUUGGCUUCUGCAAUUUCAGAGAUGGUCAAACGCCGAAAGGAUGUUAGCGAUAGACGAACUAAUAGAGAGAUGCGAGCCCACGCAGGUGCGUCACAUGAUGCAGGUGAUAGAGCCACAGUUUCAACGAGAUUUCAUAUCUCUACUGCCGAAAGAGUUGGCGCUGUCGGUGCUGGCCUUCCUGGAGCCGAAGGAUCUUCUGAGGGCGGCCCAGACCUGCCGAAAUUGGCGAUUCCUAGCCGACGACAAUCUACUCUGGAAAGAGAAGUGCAAGGCAGCUGGUAUAGAAGACUUGAAGGAUCUACCACCGCCGAAACGAAAGAACUGCCGAAGCGGCAGCCAUAACUCAUCGCCAUGGAAGCAGGCUUACAUGCGGCAGCACAAUAUUAAAAUGAACUGGAGAACGAAGCCGAUCCGCACGCCGAAAGUGUUGAAAGGCCACGACGACCAUGUUAUUACAUGUCUUCAAUUCUCCGGUAACCGGAUAGUUAGCGGUUCGGAUGAUAAUACUCUCAAAGUAUGGUCUGCUGUUACGGGCAAGUGCUUACGGACAUUGGUUGGGCAUACCGGGGGCGUGUGGUCUUCGCAGAUGUCUGGCACGAUUGUUAUCAGUGGUAGUACGGACCGUACUUUGAAAGUGUGGAACGCGGAGACUGGCCAGUGCAUUCAUACAUUAUACGGUCACACGUCGACGGUUAGGUGUAUGCAUCUGCACGGUAACAAAGUCGUCAGUGGUAGUAGAGACGCGACACUGCGAGUGUGGCAGGUGGACACGGGGGAGUGCUUACAUGUGCUCGUGGGGCAUUUAGCGGCGGUCAGAUGUGUGCAAUAUGACGGAAAGUUGGUGGUCAGUGGUGCCUACGACUAUAUGGUCAAAGUUUGGAAUCCAGAACGUGAGGAGUGCCUUCAUACCUUACAAGGACAUACUAACCGCGUUUAUUCCCUCCAGUUCGACGGUGUGCACGUUGUUAGCGGAUCAUUGGACACGAGUAUAAGAGUGUGGGAGGUAGAAACAGGUGCUUGUAGACAUACUUUGAUGGGCCAUCAAUCUCUCACCUCGGGGAUGGAGUUGCGCAAUAAUAUCUUAGUAUCGGGCAACGCUGAUUCCACCGUUAAAGUAUGGGACAUUGUUAGCGGUCACUGCCUUCAAACCCUCUCCGGUCCGAACAAACAUCAAUCGGCGGUUACUUGCCUUCAGUUCAAUAGCCAUUUUGUGAUUACGUCCUCUGACGAUGGUACAGUAAAACUCUGGGAUGUUAAGACUGGUGAUUUCAUUAGGAAUCUAGUUGCUCUGGAAAGUGGUGGUAGCGGCGGUGUUGUGUGGAGGAUUCGAGCGAGUGAUACGAAACUAGUGUGUGCAGUAGGUAGUCGUAACGGUACCGAGGAGACGAAACUGCUUGUCCUCGAUUUCGACGUUGAGGAGCAUUUGUCAACGGUGGCAGACGAAAACGAAACGACUGAGACGUACUGAAACUGCGAGGCAAAAUGACAUUAAUUGAAGAAUCUCAUACCUCCUGGAGCAAACGAGAAAAACUGUCGUCGACAAUUCCGACACGUGUCAUUCGGAUCAUACAAAUCUUUUUUUUUUUUACGAGAAAUUUCAAACGUUUGUUACACAUAUGUCGCGUUUGUGUAAUUCACUGGCCGAUUCGUCAAACUGUCAAAACAGCUUCGAGAUUUCCUGAUCAUAUUAACUUUAGAUUUUACUUGCCUAUAUAAACAUCGAUCUGGUUAAAAACAAAUAUUUUUAUAAACAUUUACAAGCCAAUAUUUUCAUAUGAUUGACUUUUAUUGAGAGAGUAUAAGAUUUCUCGGCAAUUGAAGCAAAAAAUGAUUCAAAUAAAAAAUUUAAUUUUUUCUUUUUGCAAAGUACAAAAACUACUUUCUAUGUCGCACGUUUCGUCCCCGUCGUGGUGCAAUAUAUAAAUAUAGUGCACUUGAUCGCGUGCAAUAUAGAUUUACAGAAUAACGAACCAGUACAAGUUUACACAGAGCAAAACGACUUUUUCUUUUGCCUUUAUUUUUGACUAAAAUUUUUGAUUUAAUUUCAUCAAUUAUUGAAUGGACUUGCUAAAGGGAGAAUAUUUGUAUUAGCCAGAUCUUUUACAUUUAGUGCGAAUUGUAUGAAGAGACUUAGAAACAUUGCAUCAAUUGUCUGACGAAUUUUAUAUGGAUUCUACUGAAUCAUGACAUUAUCGGAUAAUGCAAUUUGUGCAAAUGCAUCUUUAUUAUUGGACCUAGGUUAGACUAGGUGUCGUGUUUAUUUGUAUAUUGCUCAAUAGUUUAUAUUAUAUAAGAAUGUGUUACCUGUUGUAUCAUUUUUUUUUAUAAGAAAUAGAAAAAAGAAUGUUGCUGCAUAUUUUAGAUUGUUUUUUUUUUUUUAAAUUUAUUACAACUGUACACAUGUUCUUGUGCUAAGAAACAUAUUUUGUACAAAAUAAAUGUUCGAUUUCGACCUCUUUCUA